GCCCCACCGCCCCCUGCCAGCCCGACUGUGGGGGCCAGUGGCAGGAGCUCCGCGCACGCCAGCCGCAAGGGGUAGGGAUGGGGGAGUCAGGGGAGGAGGGCGCCCACGCGGAUUAGAGCGGAGCGCACACUUCAAAAAGGUGUUGGGCUGUGCUUCGCUCCAGCGCCCCGGGAACUUCAAAGCGGCCCGCGCUGCCCCGGCCGCCCCGCUCCGCUCUGGGGCCUCGCAGCCGGGGCGCGGCGCCUGAUGGCCAUGACCCGAGCGCUCCGCUCCGCGCUCCGGCAGGUUCUUCUGCUGCUCUCCACGGCCACCGCGCUCUCGGCAGGUUUGAAGUGUGUUUGUCUUUUGUGUGACUCUUCAAACUUUACCUGCCAAACAGAAGGAGCAUGCUGGGCUUCAGUUAUGCUCACCAAUGGAAAGGAACAGGUGAUCAAGUCCUGUGUCUCUCUCCCAGAAUUAAAUGCACAAGUCUUCUGUCAUAGUUCCAACAAUGUUACCAAAACAGAAUGCUGCUUCACAGAUUUUUGCAACAACAUAACACUGCACCUUCCAACAGCAUCACCAGAUGCCCCCAAACUUGGACCCAUGGAGCUGACCAUUAUUAUUACUGUGCCAGUUUGCCUCUUGUCCUUGGCUUCAGUGCUGACAGUGUGGGCAUGCCAAGGUCGACCGUGCACCUACAGAAAGAAAAAGAGACCGAAUGUGGAGGAGCCCCUCUCCGAGUGCAAUCUGGUAAAUGCAGGGAAAACUCUAAAAGACCUGAUUUACGACGUGACCGCCUCUGGAUCUGGCUCUGGUCUACCUCUGUUGGUUCAAAGAACAAUUGCAAGGACAAUUGUACUUCAGGAAAUAGUAGGAAAAGGCAGAUUUGGUGAGGUCUGGCAUGGAAGAUGGUGUGGGGAAGAUGUGGCUGUGAAGAUAUUCUCCUCUAGAGAUGAAAGAUCUUGGUUCCGAGAGGCAGAAAUUUAUCAGACGGUUAUGCUGAGGCAUGAAAACAUCCUUGGUUUCAUUGCUGCUGACAACAAAGAUAAUGGAACCUGGACUCAACUUUGGCUUGUCUCUGAAUAUCAUGAACAAGGCUCCCUAUAUGACUAUUUGAACAGAAACAUAGUGACAGUGGCUGGAAUGAUCAAACUGGCACUUUCAAUAGCCAGUGGUCUGGCCCACCUUCAUAUGGAGAUUGUUGGUACACAAGGUAAACCUGCUAUUGCUCAUCGAGAUAUAAAAUCAAAGAAUAUCUUGGUGAAAAAAUGUGAAACUUGUGCCAUAGCAGACUUAGGGUUGGCUGUAAAGCAUGAUUCAAUACUUAACACUAUUGACAUACCUCAGAAUCCUAAAGUGGGAACCAAAAGGUACAUGGCCCCGGAAAUGCUUGAUGAUACUAUGAAUGUGAAUAUCUUUGAGUCCUUCAAACGAGCUGACAUCUAUUCUGUUGGUCUGGUUUACUGGGAAAUAGCUCGGAGGUGUUCAGUUGGAGGAAUUGUUGAGGAGUAUCAGUUGCCUUAUUAUGACAUGGUGCCUUCAGAUCCUUCAAUAGAGGAAAUGAGGAAAGUUGUUUGUGAUCAGAAGUUCCGACCAAGUAUCCCAAACCAAUGGCAAAGCUGUGAAGCACUCCGAGUCAUGGGGAGAAUAAUGCGUGAGUGUUGGUAUGCCAAUGGGGCAGCCCGCCUAACCGCUCUUCGGAUUAAGAAGACUAUUUCUCAACUUUGUGUCAAAGAAGACUGCAAAGCCUGAUGAUGAGAAUUUUGUUAAAAAGAAAUCUCUCAUGGCUUUCUUUAUGUGAAUUUUUUUGUCUUUGUGUUGUCAUUGUUUUUAUUGUUCUACCUCAGAGAUAAUGCAGUACAGUAUUUAAGUGCCCAAAGGCACCAUGAAAAAAUAAUUCUAAAGUCAAGCAUAGGCCGGAAUUGUCUUCAUUCACUCCCCAUGUUAUCUUUAAUUUUAUUUUGAGAAACAACACAUCAACUCAUCUUUUUAUUUUAUUAUAAAAGUAUAAAAUAAGCUAAACUUAAUAAAAGUUAUCAAGAUUUUCUUUUACUUGAAAUGAAUAGAAAAGAAAAUGUGAAAGCCCAUGUGUUUUUUUUCCCUAAGAUGAAAACAUGUUCAUUAAAAAUGUCAACUAGAGUAUGCAAUAUCUUAACCAAACUUUAGAUCAUAUAUGGUUCUAUUUUUUAAAAAAAUUAAAUGGGAUAUUUUAAGAAGUAAACAUUGCUAUGAACUUUAGGAUGCAUAACAUGGAAAAGUGGAGCUGCUUAGUUGGAAGAUGGAAGUGGGUUCAGAUCAUUUACUUGCUUUCUCUUCCCCUGUACUCCCCCUUUACAAUCCACCUCCUCAGCAGCCCCUCAGGCAAAUAGUUUGAAAGUCACUAAGAUUGUUACUUUCCCUUAUUUACAAAUAAGACACUUGACAUCUUGAGACAUUGAGAAAUGUCCCAACGUCAUAUAGCUAGUGACAGAGCUGGCACUAGGUCCAAAUCUUGAGAUAAUCCACACAGUAGAGUUAGCUGGCUUCCUACCUUCCCUUUAAUUCCUUUAGUAUUUUUCUCCCUAUACAGAAAUAACAUCUGUCAUGAUAUUUGUGGUUUAGUCAAACAGAAUACAAACCAAGUUAUUUUGCAGAAUCAUAAUGGACCUGUAUGAACUCUCAAGAAAAUAUCCACUGACAUAUUUUCCUCUUGGAAAUUUUAUAGUCACCCUGCUUGUUAGUUACUUUCUGAACGAUCCAUUGUCAGAUAUGUCUUUAAGAUGCAUUUCAGAGGUCCCUAUUAUUUUUGUACACAUACAUUUAGAAAGAAAACAGAGAAGGAAGGGGCUACUAGGAGAUAUUCUAAGGGAAAUUAAGAAAACUCUUAAAUGAAGUAUAAUUUCAAAGUCAAUAGAGGGUAUGAAUAACUAUGAAGAGAUCUUCCCCUAUCCUUUCAAAAUGAGCAUGGGUACAGAAGGCUCAUGAUAAUUUUGCCUUUAUUCUACUUCCUGUGGAGACAGAAAUGAUGAAUUCUGAAUAAUACAUGGAACAUUAAGUAUUUCCUUCCACUCUGUAAUUCUGCUUUGGUGAAGGAAGAUUUAACAUGGUAUCUUUUGUUGUACUAGAAUGUUGUUCCCGAAAUUCUGUCUCUUGGAAUGGUCUUCUGAGAUGAUCAAAGACCAAAAGUGCUCUUUGAUAGAUUCUUAGAAAGUCAUACCACAUAUUAGCAUAUCAUGUGUUGUAAGGAGUCUAGCAGUAAAAAAAAGUGUUACUUGAAUUUCUUUAAGAUGGAUUUCCCAAAUUAUUUGACCAUGGAACUCUUUUUAUAAAAACAGGGGAAACCUUUUACUAGCCCACAUUUUCGUUUCUACAAAGCAUAACUUGAGUACCAGUGUUCUAAAGGCUAUACCUAUGUAUUAUCCCAUAGAGCACAAUCUAGUGAUUAUACUUCAUUCCACUACGGAAAUAUGUUACUGAAUCCAUCUUCAUUUGACUGGGAUGAGAUAUCAAAGGCAAAAAUCUGGCAUCUGUGGUUUGCAUAUACGUUUGCUCUCAUUCAUGCAGUUACCUAUUCAUUAAAAAAUAUGGGGCACUCCAUAUCGUCCUUGCCACAAUUUUGGAUCCAACAAGAAAAUUAAAAAAUGUAAAGGUUCUGCCCUCAGGGAUUUUAAAGUUUAAUUUGGGAAUAGGAACAGGGAUAUGGUUGUGUGGGGGAAGUAAACUGACAAGUAGAUAUAAUCCAGAGUAGGAUGUCUUGAAUUCUAUAUGAAUUUGAUUAAUUCUAUAUUUGUGGGCUUCCAAAAUUACUCUCAAUUUCCAACAUAUUUAGAAAGUAUCUUUAUUUGGUUAUUCCAGACAAUCUAAAUUAUAUAGUCAAUUUAAGUGAAGGUAUUCUAAAAAGAGUUUAUGUGAAGGGGUAAUCUUGCUGUGUCUGUUAUCUUGAUUUCACAUAGUUUGUUUCUACAUAUAUGAGAAUGAAACUAUUUACUAUGGUUGUAACUAUAGAUUCAAGCAAACAGGAAUGAUAUUUUGCUCUUUUAUUCACUUAUGUUGAGUGAAUAUACUUAUUUAAUUUUUAAGAGAAGAUGUUUAAAAUCUCCAUUUUCCUUGAUAUUUAUAAUCUAUUUGAAGGUAUCCAAAUAUAAUUCCUUAUUUUUAUUGAUUCAACUUUUACCCUAGAGAAAUCUGUACCUUUUAAGACUUUUUUUUUGUUUGUUUCUGUGUUGGUUAACCAUAACUCCUAACUGAAUAGUCUUAUAUUUCAAUUUCCACACACAUUUUUAUAGAAAGGGCAUAGGUUAACAAAAAUGAUAAGGAAAAGUUAAAAGUCCUAAUUUUUCCUUAACUCUUGGCAUGAUUAGAAAUAAAAAUGCUCACUCUAAAAAGUAGUUUAGAUCAUAAGGCAAAAUUACUGUAUAUACCAGUGCUGUUUAACUUUAUUUCUUUUUUAUGGAGUCCUACUCUGUAAUAUUUAUUUCUUUUGAAUUGUGUUACAAGCAAAAAAUAUUCUUCUUAGGCUCAUAGUGUUAGUGUUCUUUGCUCCUUUCAAAUAUUUUGGCUUUGGGUAUAACGUAAAGCUUAGGAAAAUGCUAUUUAUGAAAUUUUAGUACUGUACAAGUGGUGAUGGGAUUUAUAUGCAGCAUCACUUCCUUAAACUAAGGGACACAUCAUUUAUUGUCAAUAUUUCAGCAUGAACUUGUUGCCUUAUAAGCUAAGCGUUUAAGUGUGUAAUUGGUACAGAUUCUGUUGUAUGCUUUCUUCCGUCUAAAAUAUUUGGCAUGUCACAUCUAGAAUUCUUAAUUUAUGUUCUGACUUGAAAGUUAAGUGAAACAUGACUGUGUCAUGCACUAUUUUAGGUAUAGCACUUGCUUCUCAUCUUUAUACUUUCAAUUAACUUUGCAUUUUAAAUUUCCAUAAUUAUAUGAAAAUAGUAACCUGAUUGCAGUGUCUGAAGACUUCAGAAUCAGCCUUUAUUUUAAAAUGAAAAUCUGCAAUAGAUCCAUUAGAUUAGAUGUUCCACAAAAAUUUAUUAUUUGUAAUACUUCUACUUUAGUAGAAUUAUUAAAUAAAACAAAACAAAUCUUCUUCUAUUAUGUUGGAAUUUUGCCACCAUGUGACUUAUUAGGGCAGAGAAAACUCAGGGCUAUCUUAGAGUUUACACAAAAGAAUGAGAGAACGUACUUAGCAAAUCAUCUAAAGGCAGGGAGCCUAUGUUUGCCAUAUACAAAGUUCAACUUAAAAUUACUUAGCAGGGAAUAUUUAUGAUUAAUUAUUUUAAAUAAAUAUGGAAAUAUAAUUCAUUUAAGUAAAUUUAUUUAAAGUGUGAACAUUUUAUUUCCCAUCAGGAGAUUCAGAAAGUAGCAAAUGACUGAAGCUGAUGGCAGUUGCUUUCUUCAAUAGUUGUUCCUUUAAAUAAAUUUACAAGUACAACAUUUUAAGUUAUUUGGAAAUAUCUAAGAAUUAGUAUCUUAAGAUGUUGUCAUUGUGAUUUUUGAAGAUAGUGUAAAUAUCUUUUGUGAAACACACUACUGCUGUGUUUGAUAAUGCUUUAUAUUAGUUCCCUUUACAAGCUAAUAACUACAUGGACUUGAUGCAUUAUUUAGUGAAGACAGUAAUCCCUUUGCUCCUGAGGGCUUCUUCUAAACAGAAAAAAAAAAUGUCAGUGGGGAUGUACAAAUUUCAUUAAAAUAUUAAUAUUAAUAGAAUUUCUAUAGACAGUUUUCAAAGUGUUUUAAUACAAAUUUUCAGAUUUUUUCCCUCUAACUUUUCUGUUUCAUUAUUUUUCUCACCUCCUUUUAAAAUAUUCCCUCACUGCCUCUCAAAAUUAUCUUUAGUCUCUAAAUUGAAAAAAAAAAAUAGCUACUAUUUAACGUAAUCAUUCUUGUAUUUAGCCUUCUAAUGAAGGAGACUCCCUUGGUGGUCUAAAUUAUUUCUGAGGUGUCACAGACAGAAACCAAAACCAGAAUUUGGGAACUGUAAAGGAUGUAAGAGAUUUUAUAGCUGAAGAAACCAAGAAUCAGAGAUUAAAUAACUGCUAGUCAUUAGCAGAACUUAUGUGAGACCCUAGUGGUGACACCUACUACAGUGCUCCGCCAUAUCCAACAUUUACUAAUUCAAAAAUAAUUAGCAUCCAUCUACAUCUACCUUGAAUAUAAACUAUCAUGCCAUUUAAUGCUGAUGAUCAAAUUCUACUUCUCUUUAUUUCUGCUAAAAUAAUUUGUUCACUCAUGAUGAGAACAGUGAGAAAAACAAAAAUAGGCUAAGGAAGAAUUGUAGAAUAGUUGUCAAACUGGGUAAGCAACCAACAGAGUGGUGAAUAAAAUUAGAAAUUGUGAGACUAUAGAAUGUCUUGGUGCAAGUAAUGACAAGAGAUGCUUAAUGACUUUUUCUCUCCUUUCUGUAAGGCUUGUUCUUUCUCAAUUCAUUGGAAUGGGGAGUGAAAGAUGAUUUGGUAGUUAAACAUGGGGCCAUGUCUAGCAGCUCAUUAUCUUACUUGAUAUUUCAUUAGUUCAUCUUUGGCAUUCACAUUCUUUCAGUACAUUAAAAAAUAUCUUUGCUGGAUUUCAUCUCCAAUCACUCUACAAUUCUUCUAUCAUUCCAGCCCCUAUCCAGAUUGCUACACACUGAACCUCUUAACAAUAUUUUAAUUUCCCACGUACACAUACAAGAGUUUUCAUCUCAUGCAGAAUCUAGUAAAUUUUCAUUUGGCAUGAUGAAGGGGGUAUUUGUUAAUGGCAGAGAAGACUUUCUUUUAAAUUUUAAAAAGACUAGCAGUCAAGUUAUAUUCUUGCUUUAGCUAACAUAUAAGGAAUGUCUAUUUUUGCCUUAAUGCUGAAUUCCACUUAAUAGAUGAUAACUUGGACAGAGAAUGUGAAAUAUAUGUCCCAUAAUAUGAUUGCUAAAUUUCUUUUGUCUAUGCUUCAUACUACUGCUUUGUUUUAUCUUGACCAUCUUUUAAAGUUAAGCCACUAUGCCAUAUGGUUUAGAAUAUAAUAUUAUAUUGAAAUUAGGCAAUAAUUCCCAUUUUAAAAUAUCUCUAUUAAGAACUACCAGGAUACUUGUUAAUUCAGUUGUAGAUUAAUACAACAUUUGGGAGAAAAUGAGCCCUAUCUCAUCCUAAAUUUUAAUAUUUUCAGAAAGGACUAUGUAUUUUUUUUUUUUAUCAUUGGUUCAUGUUAUCCUAUAAGAAUGUUUUCUCUCCAUAUCUAACAGUUUGAACUGCAAGAUUUUUACCCUGGUCUGGACGUAUCUGAAUGUUAGCAUAGAUACUAGGAAUCUGACUAUAUUAGGAAAUUAUCCUUACACCAAGUUCACCAGAUCCAGCUGGGCAUUUGCUUUGCACAAAUCCUCUCAGUUGAGGGGUAGAAAGAAGCCAAAAUCCAACCUGAAAUUGGCUUCUCAAUUCAGAAAUAUUUUUAUAUUUUGCAGAAGAGCACUUUAUUAGCUUAUAAUCUUGAGAAAAUGAGAAUCAAAUAUUUCAAAAUGGUCCCUGACAUUUGCAAAUUGAAUAGUAAACUUGUAAAAAAAUACUUUAGAUUUUCUUUCCACAUUUCCAAGAAAGCAAAAGAGAUUUUAUGUUUUUCUCGUUGAUUUAAUUUUUCAACCCAAUCUGUAGCAAGCCACAUCGACCCUAAUUUUUUUUGUCUUUUUUUUUUUUUUUUUCUCUUUAUAGGGGCGUACCUGCAGCAUUUGGAGUUUACCAGGCUAGGGGUCUAAUCAGAGCUGUUGCUGCCAGCCUACACCAGAGCCACAGCAACACCAGAUCCAAGCUGCGUCUGCGACCUACACCACAGCUCAAGGCAACGCUGGAUCCUUAACCCACUGAGUGAGGCCGAGGAUCGAACCUGCAACCUCAUGGUUCCUAGUCUAAUUCGUUUCUGCUGCGCCAAGAUGGGAAGUCCAGGACCCUAAUUUUUACAUCUUCAUUGAGUUUUUAUUCCAUGUCCAAACCUAUUCUUUAACUUUACCUUUAAAAAGUCAAUUACCUUCCUAUGUUCUGUCUAACCAAUGCAAAAUUAGCAUGAGAUUUACCAGUAUCUCCAUUUCCUCCAAUAGGCUAAAUAUAAGCAAUUAAAUAUUUUAAAAGUCCAAUUCUUUUUUUUUUUUCUCUUUAGCCAAAAUAUUAAACUCUAGUUCAUUUCCACAGUGACUAGUGUUAAGCUCUUGUACUCUUCUGAUCCUAGACUGGAGAAAAUUAUUCAAACUUAAUUUGUGUUUCAGGUUUUAAAAUGUCCUAAAAACAGAAAAUUAGAUUCAGGUAUCAAAAAAAGGAAUUUUGGAUUGACUUUCAAUGUACUAAUACUAAUUAUACUUUUCUUUUGGUAGUGUGACUUUUCUUAUACCUAAGAACAUAUUACAAAUGUCAAAACCACUGCAUUUUGACUUUGCAAAACAUGCCUUGAACUCUUGAACCACUGUGAAAAGAAUCACUGUUGUAAAGACUUAUUGUAAGCUAGCUGAAAUUCUUAAGAAUGUAAAAAGAUGUUACCUUUUAAUAGACAGGCAGAAAUGAAUGUAUAUAAGAAAUAUGAAGACAUAUAAUCGGUAUUAAAAUGAGAAUUAGGCAAUAAAUUGUAUAAAAAAAUAUGCAGAUGGAAAUUUUAGCAGUUGCAAUUUAAUCAUUGAAACUGAAGAAUUCCAAAUUCCAAAGAGAAGUGAAUGAUAUUUAGAUGUUUCAUUAAUUUCUAGCCUGUGGAAUAUGCAUUUUAUCGUAAUAUAUGUAUACUUGUUUUGUUUAAAAAUAAGAGUAUUUUAGAAUUUAGUAAGAACUCAAUGAUACCAAAUGUUUUUGGUAUCAAAAAAACUUUGCCAACAGCAAGUUAUAAAAGUAUUUAUUUUAAUGCUUUUAAAAAUAUUAUUGCAUAACUUUCAGUUGCCUCUGGAUGUAAAUAGGAAUCUGCCUAAAUGUUAUAUUUUUAUGUAUUCAUUUCCCAAAAAUGUAUUGUUUUGCAAAGUGGCAAAGAUAAUAAAUUAAGCACUCCUUGCACUUGUUUCUGUGAAGCAUAUAGAGUUCUAUUUUAAAUAAAAAUAAAAUGUGUCAUAUUUCAGUUUCUA